AAGCAUUUUUGUCUAUAAAUACCCGAGUUAUGUUGUAGCUACGAGACUGGAAAAGCCAAAACCUCACAAUUUGUUGCAUGUGAGAGCCUUGUUUUUUAAUUUGUUUUCUUUGGUGCUGAAAUCGCAAUGCAUAGUAGUCUUCAAUUUUGUUACAUCUUGAUCUGAAAAAAAUGGCCCGUUAAACUGUACGUUUCGGUUCCUAAUCGUUUUGUUGUUAUGGAUAUUUGAUUAUAAGCGUUGUCAAAGGAUACCCACUAAAUAAAACAGUGGCGUUGAUAGCAUUGGCAAAAUGGGGGUCGCAGGCUCGAAACUGGAGAAGGCUUUAGGUGAUCAAUUCCCCGAGGGUGAGCGCUAUUUUGGACUAGAGAAUUUCGGUAAUACUUGCUACUGCAAUAGCGUUCUUCAGGCUCUCUAUUUCUGUGUUCCGUUUAGAGACCAAUUGUUGGAGUAUUAUAGCCACAAUAAGCCAACUGGGGAAGCAGAGGAGAAUCUUCUAACAUGCUUGGCAGAUCUCUUUAUGCAGAUCAACUCUCAGAAGAAGAAGACAGGUGUCAUUGCCCCAAAACGAUUUGUCCAAAGGGUGAAAAAACAAAAUGAACUUUUUCGCAGUUAUAUGCAUCAGGACGCACACGAAUUCUUGAAUUUCCUGUUAAAUGAGCUUGUUGAAAUUUUAGAAAAGGAAUCUAGUGCCACCAAAAAACUAUCAGGAAAUCUAACGCAACCAGAGAAGAAAACAAAUGGCUCAGUCAAUGGGCAAGCAAAUGGUACCCAGCAGCCUCCAGUUCUUACCUGGGUUCAUAACAUCUUUCAGGGAACGUUUGCAAAUGAAACAAGGUGUUUGCGAUGUGAAACUAUUACUGCAAGGGACGAAGCCUUUUUGGAUCUGAGUCUUGAUAUAGAACAGAAUAGUUCUAUUACAAGUUGUCUCCGUAACUUUAGCUCCACAGAGACUCUCAAUGCAGAGGACAAGUUCUUUUGUGACAAAUGCUGCAGUUUGCAGGAGGCACAAAAGCGAAUGAAGAUCAAGGUCCUACCACAAAUUCUUGUUAUUCACUUGAAACGUUUCAAAUUUAUUGAACAGCUAGGGCGGUAUAAAAAACUCUCUUAUCGUGUUGUAUUUCCUAUGGAGCUGAAGCUAUGGAACACAACUGAUAAUACACCUGGUUCAGAUGCAGAAUAUUCACUUUCUGCAGUUGUGGUUCAUGUGGGCAGUGGUCCAAAUCAUGGGCACUAUGUUAGCCUUGUAAAAAGCCAUAACCACUGGCUCUUUUUUGAUGAUGAGAAUGUAGAAAUGAUUGAUGAGUCUGUAGUGCAAACAUUUUUCGGCUCAACACAAGAGUAUUCAAACAACACAGAUCAUGGUUAUAUCUUGUUCUAUGAGAGUCUAAACCACAAGUUUUGAGAGUCCUUAGUGGAUGUGAAUAUUGCAGGAUAUAUUGCCACUGAGAUUCUGAUGAUUGAUACUGUUGUGGAUAAUCUUUAACAUUCAGAGGCUGCAAUACAGCUUCUGUGAUUUCUGAAAUGUGUUAACUGCAGUUUUAGCAUUUUCUUCCUACAGUGAAAGAAAGGGAAUAUGCCCCCUUUAUGAUUUCUCUGUAAAUUUGUAGCUUGUAAUUUCAUGCAAGGACUGUUUGGAUCUUAAAAAGCAAACAAUUUCCCAAUUUGGCAGAUCGGAUGGCUGUAGUGAAGUCUGUAAACGAGUCAUUGAAUAGAAACUGGAAAUGAACAGAGUUGAACAAUAAAAGCUACUUUUUCCAUAA